AUGUGGGGCUGGGAGGGGGCAGGGGACGGUCUGAGCAAGAGGAGGAAGGCGGGGGAGGAGGAGGAGGCGCGGAUGUCGUCUUGUUGCUUCCCCAGUAGAGAAUCAGGGGCGAAGGGGCGUGCGGCUGGGCCUGGGGGUGCCCGGCUUUCAGGAGUUAAAGUCUUUUUUAAAAAAUCAAAAUCUCUUGAGCGUGACAGAAUAACAAGCUUCAGAAAAUCAGGAGUGAAAAAAGAGAAACCUCUCAUUCAGCAUCCUAUUGACUCUCAACCUUCUAUAAGUGAAAUCCCACUUGCCCAGACACUUGUUGAUGAACGUUGCAUGAACUUAUCAGAAAAAGAAGUUAUGGAUCUCUUUGAAAAAAUGAUGGAAGACAUGAAUCUAAAUGAAGAACGUAAAGCUCCUUUAAGAGAUAAAGACUUGACCACAAAACGUGAGAUGGUUGUCCAAUACAUUUCUGCAACUGCCAAAUCUAUAGUCGGAAGUAAAGUUCCG